GAGGGGAGUGGAACCUCAACCCAGCAUGUUAUCAUGAUAGAGUCUGCAGAAGCUGCUGGUCCUGGGGUCAAGCUGGAGAGGUCUGAAGGAGAGGACCCACGACACAGCAGAGACAUCCAGGCUGGAGCGCACCCUGUAGCCACGGAUGAUUCCACCACUGCCCCAGCGCAGCACAGGACCCGACGUAGCAUCACGGAGGACUCAGGUGAUGCAUUACAGACUGGCAAUGAUCCGUCCUGUUCAUACGCUACAGAGACUGAGAUGAUACCUGGUGACACAUCUGUGGACUUAGAUACACAGACUAAUCCAAUGAGAGGUGACUGGAACCGGUACAGUAGUAGUGUAUACUCUGAAGGGUGCCUAAAUAAGAAACGGGAGGUUAUAGUCUUAGAUGACAUGAUUGUGAAAGUGGAGGACGACACUCCUCUGACAUGGAAUGCAAACGAAACUCACUUAGGAGAAGGACACUCGCAGUGCAACACCAGUGACUUCUUAGACUACAGGGAAAGCUUAGAGACAAAUCCAAAUGUCGCAACCCACUCCCCUUUACAUGCGUUCAGGGAUCACGACCCAGUGUCUCCGUCAAUGGGGCCUUCCGAUUCACAUGGCCGCGUCCUUUUCGAUCAGGUAUUGAACUCAAACGACAGGGCUAGAGCCCAGGCUCAGGGAGGGCGAGCCACAUCAGGCAAUAGUAAAGAGAAACGGUUCCUCUGCAUGUUCUGUCACAAAGGCUUCAGCUGCCUCCAGAAGGUGGAGAGUCACCAGAGGGUCCACACAGGGGAGAAAUCCUUCAGCUGUACCCAGUGUGAGAAGAGGUUCUCUCACCAGCACCACCUGAAGAGGCACCAGAGGGUCCACACAGGGGAGAAACCCUACAGCUGCCCUCAGUGUGAGAAGAGGUUCUCCCGCCAGGACCAGCUGAAGAUGCACCUGAAGGUCCACACUGGAGAAAGGCCAUUCGCCUGUACACACUGCGGGAAAAGGUUCUCAGAGAGGAGCUACCUUAGGACACACCAGCAGAAAAACCAUUCCACUCUAUAACAUAGAAAAUAACCAUUCCACUCGAUAGCUUCUGACAUUUAGAUCAAACCCUGCAUUAAAGACAAAGAUUCAUUUUCAUUGCUGCCAUCAGAAAAGAUCCACAGAUGCAUUCAGAAUAACAAGAGUAACAGAUUUCAGUGUUGAAUGUUCCUCGGUAGAAUAUUGCAUCCAAACAUUGUGUGAUAUAUAUAUAUAUAAAAAGCCUAAAAAGUCUGUUACAUAGUGUGUUUGUACUGUGGAGGAUAUAUAAUGUUCAUAAAUGCCUAUUUCAUUACUUCCGUUCAACUACUUAAUUUUUUCCCCAAAACACUGAGAAAAUGAAUGCAGUAUCAAGUUCAUGCAGAUUUUUAGUUGUGACGUGUAUGUGUGGUUUUCAUAUGGUGUAUUUAAAUAAUGUUUAUGUUUAAUAAACAUAUAAUGGGACUUUUCAUUAAGACUUUUAUUCACCCCCCUUUGAUUUCUUCAAAUUUUGUAAUAAAGUAUGAUUAAAAUGGAUUGAAUUGUCA